GAGAGGGAGGAGAGAGGGAGGGAUCUUUUUCCCAAUCCCCUUUCUCCCAGAGUUGUAGGCACCUUGACUUGCCUGUUCUUGCAUAUAAUGAGUUGCCUGUUGGCCACCCAGUGACUCAGUGGAACAGUACUGUGCUGCCUGCGGAGACUUGAGGUGGAUUCAGUUUCCCUUGCUGCAUUGGACCACAGAGAGUAAAGCAGCUGUGGAGGCUGAGCCCAAUGGGGACAUGGUGCUGCUCAAAAAGGAGAAGCUGGAAAUGGAGCCAAGAGGCCAGUGGAGUAAUAAAAUGGAGUUUAUGCUCUCUGUGGCUGGGGAGAUCAUCGGCCUGGGCAAUGUGUGGAGAUUCCCUUAUCUUUGUUACAAAAAUGGAGGUGGUGCUUUCUUUAUCCCCUACCUCAUCUUCCUCUUCACCUGUGGGAUCCCAGUGUUCUUCCUGGAGACAGCGCUAGGACAGUACACCAGCCAGGGAGGGAUCACCGCAUGGAGGAAGAUCUGCCCUCUCUUUGAAGGAAUUGGAUACACAAAAACUGUGGGGUACCCCCACAAUGGCUCGGAGCUCCUAACCAUUGUGGGCAGUGUGGAUCGCUGCGUGGACUUUCUGAAUCACUCUAACGUGGAGAACUGGACAGCGCCUGCUAAUGCCACCUCCCCAGUUACUGAGUUCUGGGAGAAGCGAGCCCUGGGGCUCACAGACGGUAUUCACAAUCUGGGCACUGUGCGCUGGGAGCUGGCUCUCUGCCUCCUGCUCGCCUGGGUCAUCUGCUACUUCUGCAUCUGGAAAGGAGUCAAGUCCACAGGCAAAGUUGUUUACUUCACUGCCACAUUUCCCUACGUGAUGCUUUUUGUCUUGCUGAUUCGAGGGGUCACCCUGCCUGGUGCUGCUGAGGGGAUCAUGUUCUACCUGAGACCAGACAUUUCCAGGCUUGCAGAUGCACAGGUGUGGAUGGAUGCAGGCACUCAGAUCUUCUUCUCUUAUGCGAUCUGCCAGGGGUGCCUGACAGCCUUGGGCAGCUACAACAAAUACAAUAACAACUGUUACAGGGACUGCUUCAUGCUAUGUUUCCUGAAUAGUGCCACCAGCUUUGUGGCCGGCUUUGCUAUCUUCUCUGUGCUGGGCUUCAUGGCACAAGAACAGGGCGUGCCCAUUUCAGAAGUGGCCGAGUCAGGUCCGGGCCUAGCAUUCAUUGCGUAUCCAAAGGCUGUAACGAUGAUGCCUGUGUCUCCGCUCUGGUCCUGCCUAUUCUUCCUUAUGCUGAUCUUCCUGGGACUGGAUAGCCAGUUUGUCUGUGUUGAGAGCCUGGUGACGGCCAUUGUCGACAUGUACCCAGAAGUUCUCCAGAAGAAAGGGCACCGGGAGCUGCUGAUCCUCGCCGUUGCAGUCAUAUGCUACCUGCUUGGCCUGAUGCUAGUCACUGAGGGUGGAAUGUACAUCUUCCAGCUGUUUGAUUAUUAUGCUGCCAGCGGUACAUGCCUACUGUUCCUGGCCAUUUUUGAAGUCAUCUGUGUUGGCUGGGUGUAUGGUGCGGACCGUUUCUAUGACAACAUUGAGGACAUGAUUGGUUAUCGGCCGUGGCCGCUGAUUAAGAUGUGCUGGCAGGUUGUCACCCCUGGUGUUUGCCUGGCGACUUUCCUAUUUUCACUGAUCAAGUACACCCCCCUCAAAUACAACAACUGGUACGUGUACCCUCCGUGGGGCUACGCUCUGGGCUGGUUGAUGGCUCUCUCUUCCAUGAUCUGCAUUCCACUCUACUUCAUUUUCAUCCUGCUGAAAACCAGGGGAUCACUAAAGAAGGUAAAAGAAGGUCCAGAACUUCUAGGUCCCAGAUUCAAAUCCAACCCAGGUCAUCGGUGACUAAAGACUGUGUGA